AUUCAUUGGUUUUUACUAUAAACUUUAUGAUUAUGUUAUAAGCAAAAAUUUUCUAACACCAAACUGAGAUCGAUAUGCUUCCGAUUGAAGAAUCAAUCAAUGCAUCAUUCAACGAUUUGGUCGCAAUUUUUGAUACAAACGACAUCGACAAAGUGAUUGCCAAUGCCGAAGCAAAAAGUGAAAAAAGUCUUUACCAUAGUGGUAUGCGUGCUAAAAUGAGCAUGCUAAAAGCUGCCUUGACUUUGGACCCAAAAGAUAUGGCUGUUGCAAAAAAAUCGACACAAAAAUGUUUGAAAUUGUGUAAUAAAUUGCGUAAAAAGAAAUUCAAGAAACUUACCAAUAUGUUGACCAAGAAAAACUAUGGUGAUCUGUAUUCGGAUUUGGAAUUACAUGCUGAACUUACAUACGCUAUGGUCACCGGUUGUAAAUCAGUAUUGGCUUUGUUGAAAUGUACAAACAUGAAACGUUUGGCUAAAAUUGCCUACCAUAUUGGUAUUUGCGUCAAUAUUAUUGCAAAAUGUCGUGACAUCUUUGAGAAACGAACCGCGUGGGAAAGUCCAGUUUCGAAAGCUAAUUUUGAAGCAGCCAUUCGUCUGGAACGUGGCAUACGAAAUUUGAUUGUCAGCUUUUUGCCACCUAAACUACUUAAAAUUGUCAACUUUUUAGGAUUCAAAGGCGUUCGUGAUGUAGCCUUCACUGAAUUGAAUGCAGUUGUAUAUGAAUUACCGGGCAUUUAUAGUAUGAUUGGUGAAUUGGCUAUGAUCUUUUAUUGGCUUUAUAUUGAAAUGCAUGGCUGUCUUGGACCAGCUAAUGUGGCUGCAAUGCAAAAAUUGGUAGAUGCAAAAACAUCUAAAUAUCCAAACAGUGUCCUCUAUAAAGUGGCUAAAAACAAACUCAUUCAAAUCAAUGGCGAUGUUAAAACAUCGAAUGAUGGUUACAAAUCAAUUAUUGAUAAGGAAUUUGAAUUAUUCCAUAAAAUUGGCCAUUGGGAAUUAAUGUGGACAAAUGCAGUAUUAUGUGAAUGGGAUGAAUCAAUUAAAUAUGCUAAAUUGUUGAGAGAAAAAACACUUCAUUCACCGGCCAUUGUUACCUUUUUGGAAGCCAUUUUCCGUUACACAAAAGGUAGAAUGAUCAAUGAUCAAAAAAUGCUUGAUGAAGCUGCGAAAUUAUUCGAAACGGUACCAACAUUGCGUAUCCGUUAUCUUGGUAAAACCAUGACACUUGAAAAGGCUGUUAUUGUUCAAUCACAAAGAUUUUUUAAGAAUGGAAAAAUGUUGGUCGCUCCUGUACUGGAAUCAUUAUACAAUAUAAACUACAUCUAUUUGCUCAACGGUAAUGAAGCUAUUGCUCAAAAAUGGUUCGAUAUUGUUCAAAACGAUUUGAAUGUUUAUGCAAAGGAUUCCGGUGAUCGGGAAAAAUAUUUGACCGUUUUGUUCUACAAAGGUGUCAUAUUGAAACAUAUGAAAAAAUACAAUGAAGCUUGCGAAUGUUUCAACACAAUCAUGAACGAAGAGAAAUCAUUCCAAAAGGAUAAAUCUAUUGUACCACAAGCUCAUAUGGAGAUUGGUUUGAUUCGUAUGUUGGAAGGCCAAAAAGAUGAAGCUAAAAACAUUUUGGAAUUGGUCAUCAAAAAUUAUUCCAAAUAUGUCAAUGAAAACAUUGUUCACAUUAAAGCUUAUGCUGCAUUACGUGCAUUGGGCGUUAGCACUGAUAAGGAUGCCGAAGUUGAUGGUGAAGAUCUGGAAAAUCUGGAUGGUAUUGAUGAAUCAUCCGAAGAAGAAGAUGAUGAUGAUGAUCUUGAUGAUUAAUCGAGAAUAAAAAAUUAUCAAAUAUUACAUUCACGACU